GGCAGGAGCUUUGAUCGAUGUCAAUCCUACGCCGAUCUUGAAGGAUGAGCUUGAUAUUGUGAUCCCGACGAUUCGAAACCUGGACUUCUUGGAGAUGUGGAGGCCGUACUUCGAGCCCUACCACCUGAUCAUAGUCCAGGACGGUGACCCGUCGAGAACCAUCAAGGUCCCAGAUGGCUUCGACUAUGAGCUCUACAAUUGGAACGACAUCAACCGCAUUCUGGGUCCCAAGGCCUCUUGCAUUUCCUUAAAGGACUCUGCUUGCCGCCGCUUUGGCUACUUGGUCUCUAAGAAGAAGUACAUCUUUACCAUGGACGACGAUUGCUUUGUUGCCAAAGACCCAUCUGGGAAAGAGAUCAAUGCACUCGAACAAAAUAUAAGAACCUGCUAAAUCCAUCAACUCCUCUAUUUUUCAACACUCUUUAUUAUCCAUACAGAGAAGGCGCAGACUUUGUUCAUGGAUAUCCUUUAAGACCAAUUGGGUUGUAACUGGUUACCUUCAAUUGCCCUUAACAGAUUGAUUUGUUUUUACUUUAAUUUCAAUUUUAAAAUUUGAAAUUGCCCUAUGUACUUGGUGCAUGCAAGUACCUAAGAAUUUCCGCAUUUUGUCCUCCAAUUGCAACGGAUAUAACAAGAGUCAAAGACAAACUCCACUUUCUUGGUGAAGUCAAAUCCAAUUCCUCCGUUUCUCAAUUAUCAGUGUCUUUUUGCUUUUGCUGAGCUUCUCUCUGAAACUGUAGGCUCUCUCUGCGUUUCAACAGCAAUGGCAGGAGCUUUGGUCGACGUCAAGCCUACGCCAAUCCUGAAGGCCGAGCUUGACAUUGUGAUCCCCGCAAUUCGAAACCUGGACUUCUUGGAGAGGUGGAGGCCGUACUUCGAGCCCUACCACCUGAUCAUAGUCCAGGACGGUGACCCGUCGAGGACCAUCAAGGUCCCAGAUGGCUUCGACUGUGAGCUCUACAAUCGAAACGACAUCAACCGCAUUCUGGGUCCCAAGGCCUCUUGCAUUUCGUUCAAGGACUCUGCUUGUCGCUGCUUUGGCUACUUGGUCUCUAAGAAGAAGUACAUCUUUACCAUUGACGAAGAUUGCUUUGUUGCCAAAGACCCAUCUGGGAAAGAGAUCAAUGCACUCAAACAACAUAUAAAGAAUCUGCUAAAUCCAUCAACUCCUCUAUAUUUCAACACUCUUUAUGAUCCAUACAGAGAAGGCGCAGACUUAUUCCAUGGAUAUCCUUUUAGUCUCCGUCGGGGUGUACCUACAGCUGUUUCUCAUGGCCUCUGGCUCAACAUCCCUGACUGUGAUGCUCCCACCCAGCUUGCCAAUCCUCUAGAAAGGAACACUAGGUUUGUUGAUGCAGUUCUGACCAUACCCAAGAUAACUCUAUUUCCUAUGUGUGGUAUGAACUUGGCAUUCAACCGUGAACUGAUUGGACCAGCAAUGUACUUUGGACUCAUGGGCAAUGGUCAGCCAAUUGGAAGAUAUGGUGAUAUGUGGGCUGGCUGGUGCAUGAAGGUUAUAUGCGACCAUUUGGGAUAUGGCGUCAAGACUGGUCUUCCCUACAUAUGGCACAACAAAGCCAGCAAUCCAUUUGUUAGCCUAAAAAAGGAGUACAAAGGUAUAUUCUGGCAAGAAGAGCUGAUCCCCUUCUUCCAAUCUGCGGUCCUUACAAAAGAAUGCACUACUGUUCAGAAAUGCUACAUCGAACUGUCAAAGCAAGUCAAGGCUAAGCUUGGCAAGAUUGACCCAUACUUCCUUAAGCUGGCAGAUGCCAUGGUUACUUGGAUAGAAGCUUGGGAUGAGCUUAACGGAAAAGUGUACGCUGUGUCAUCAUACUUGGACAAUCACCCUGGUGGAGACGAAGUAGUCCUUGCUGCAACUGGAAGAGAUGCCACUGAAGAUUUUGAAGAUGCUGGGCAUAGCAAUACUGCAAGGGAGCUUGACACCACUUCCUCAGCUAUCCCGGAACUUGAUAUAACCUCUAAGAAUCAACCAGUUGAUUAUCUUCAGAAGAUCAAGGACUUGACAAAGCCCAUCUGGGCAGAUGCAGACACAUGGUUUGAGAGGCAGCAACAAGAAGAGGAAAUGUAGCGUAUUCAGGCCGAGAACUGGGCUGCCAGGCUGCGGAAGAGUUACACAGGAAAAAGAAGACAGAAAGCGAGAUGAAGGAUGACCCCAUGGCAAGGGCUGAAGUAGAAAUUUUGAAACAAAAUGACUAGUUCCACUGCUCCCCAAGUGAAAAUUAUGAGAGGAAAAUGCUUUUGUUUCCAUCAAAUCCUUGUAAUUUGUCAAGCUCCCUUGUAAAACUUUGCUAACGAAACAAAUACCUGAUUCUUAAUGAGAUAGAUGAUGAGUUAUCCUUC